UGUCCAGUCCUUUUGCCCGAGGAUUUCGAAAUCCACAUGUAAAAAAAUCUCAAAAAGAUAUAAAACGACUUAUUCUGCCUUCCUUCUGCCCGGCUUAUUGUCCGGUCACUUUGCCUUGCAGAACAAUGUCUGAAGAUAAGUCGCUUGAGGAUUUUUUCGCAAAGAAGAAGGCAAAGAAAGGAAAAAAUAAGUUCACCACAUCCCAAGCAAUCACACAGCAAGUCGGCUCGACCAAGAAGGAAAGCGAAAAAACAAAAGAACAGACCAACAAAAGGUCAUCGUCUUCGAACCAUACCGCUUCCAAAAAGGAAGAAGAAGAUUGGAUUGAUUUUCAACAGCCUGCUGAGAAAGAUUACUCAGGCCUCAGAAUACAGACUCUACAGAUCUCGGAGAAGUCUGAACAGGAAGGGGCAGAAAGCUGUGAACAAGAGGAAAACGAUGAGAAUGGGGAUGGGGGCCAGAGAAAAGACAAAUCAAACAACCCCUGGCAAUCUGGAACAGCACCCACACAAGAUGAGCCUGUGAAUGAGCCUGAGCCAGAAUGUGGUAAAGUGACAGGGGGUGUGUACCGUCCCCCUGCCGCCUAUAGGCCCCCAGGAAUGAGGACUAGAACAGCCAUGAGUGGUGGUGUUAAAGGCAAAGCCCCAGAAAUUGGAAGUGAGAUUGCUUUUCCAUCUUUGCAACAUGCAGCACAAGCUAACAAAAGUAAAGAGCCAGCUGGCAGCAAGAGUUUUGAGCCAGUCAAGCAUGGAUCACGAACAGCAGAAAACCCUGCUGACAGACGUCCAAAACUUGACCUAGAAAACAAGUUUGAUGCUCUAAGAAGGAGUUAAAAGUUACAUGUGACACCAACCAGAAAAUUAAAGGUCCUGGAGAUGAUGACAUGAUAUGCUUACAGACGCACAAUACAAAUUGUGCUUAAAUAAAAGACAUAACAAGACAACAAAGAAACUUGUGAUGAACCAAAUAAAUUUCAAUUAUCACUGUAGCACACCAAAUGUACAAAUCCACCACAAGUUGGCUUUGAUUUUGCUGGAUGUGUACUGUGGUUUUCAACUAAGCACCAGAUUCAGAAGUGUGUGUCUUGUAGUGCUACCUUGUACUGUUUUCCCACCUGUGUCUAUAUGGCUAGCCAAACAAUCAAGCUCUAGUUUAAGCUGCAUUGUCACCAGUUUACUUGCGUUCGAUUAUGUAAUAAUCUCUAAUGAUUUUUAACGGAAAACAUGGAAAAUAUUUCAAAAUUGUAAAAGGAGUGUGUCUAUUGGAAGUCUCUUUGAGGAUGUGACUGAUAAUUUAGAGUGGAUGGCCUGGUUUAUAGGGUGGAUUCUUAUAGAUUCUUUUGUCAAUUGAGGUUUUCGUCAGACCUUCGAGAGUAAACUGCUGUCAAUGCGGCUUUAAUUCCUCUUUAUUGCCUCUUUAAAUAACACAACUAAUUUUGUAUCAAACCUUUGAGGUCCUAGUGUUAAGUGGUGUGAGCAAAAAAAAAUACUUAUCCCAAUUGUAGGCAGAAUCACCAAAAAAGACUUCUCUGGCUAGUAGGGAUUUUAAAAAAAAAUCCAUAGUAUUCUCUGCUUGAUAUUUUUAUCAGGGGCCUAACCAGGGGAGUGGCACAGGGUUCCUGGGCCCCCCCACCCUUUUAGCAGCCAAAAAUACAGUAAAUGUAUGAGACAUUAUCUGAAAUACAGGAGAAAAUGCCUUGAAAGGACCAUUUGGGCCCCCUCCAUUUAAAAAUCCUGGCUACGCCGCUGUGUAAGUCUUGUAAAGGACAUAAUACAAAAAUGUUUGUGUAAGAUAUUGUACAUUGUACCUUGAAACCAUAGCUUUGCUUAAAAUAAAAUGUAUUGCCCAGAAAGAUGAAAUAAAAUAUGUUAAGUAAUGCUGUAAUGUAAACUACAGCUAAAAUAAAACAUCAAUUGACUUGAAAAA